CCCCCUACACACACCUAUAUAUACCUAAUACAUCUACAGAUACCUAAAUAAGAAUAAAAGGAAUCGAUGAUGAUCAAUCCAGAUGCAGAUCUCAUCGAUCGUGGCGGAUCCAUCGUGGUUCGUGAGGUUUGGGCUUACAAUCUCGUCUCCGAGUUCCACCUCAUCAGCGCCGUCGUCGAGGAUUUCCCCUUCAUUUCCAUGGACACGGAGUUUCCCGGCGUGAUCUUCAAGGCGGAGCCGGCUAUUCUCCGCCGCGGAAACCCCGGUUACCUCUACAAGCUUCUCAAAUCCAACGUCGACGUCCUCAGCCUCAUCCAGGUCGGCAUCACUCUCACCGACGCCGACGGGAACCUCCCGGAUCUCGGCGGGGGAGCCGACGGGAGCCGCUUCAUCUGGGAAUUCAAUUUCCGCGACUUCGACGUGGAUCGCGACGCCCACGCGGAGGACUCGAUCGAGCUCCUCCGUAGGCACGGGAUCGAUUUCGAGCGUAACCGCAGCGAGGGGGUCGAGUCGGAGAGGUUCGCGGAGCUGAUGAUGUCGUCGGGGUUGAUCUGCAACGAGUCGGUGAGCUGGGUGACGUUCCACAGCGCGUACGAUUUCGGUUACCUCGUGAAGAUCCUCACGCGCCGGGAGCUUCCGAGUUCGCUGCGGGAGUUUCUGCGGUUGCUCAGAGCGUUCUUCGGGGAGCGAGUGUACGACGUGAAGCACAUGAUGAAGUUCUGCGAGAGGAGAUUGUACGGCGGUUUGGACCGGUUGGCUCGGUCGCUUGAGGUGAACCGGAAGGUUGGUAAAUGUCAUCAGGCCGGUUCGGAUAGUCUGCUGACGUGGCAUGCGUUCCAGAGGAUGAGGGACUUGUACUUCGUUAAGGAUGGGCCGGAGAAACUUGCUGGAGUUUUGUACGGUUUGGAGGUUUUCUGAAGAGGAGGAGGAGGAGGCUAUUGGAUUUGAAUUAAUUAACUUCAAUUUAAUCAUUGUAGUUAAUGUUAAAACCGUUUAUAAACUAGUUGGGUUAUUUGGUUUUCUA